UUUUUGCACUGUAGACCUGCAUCUUGUUUGCCUGUUUGGUAUUCGAUAGCGGAUGUUGGCAUGCAUAAUGGGACCCGUAUAGCCGUAGUAGCCCUGGAAGAUGUGACAAGUCUACAUAGCGCUGAUCUUUCUUUUGUUUUCUUUUUUACUCUCUUCUCUCUUAUUAUCUCCCUCUCGUGAUAACCAACAAGCCAUGAAUUACUGUCUCAUGCGUGGGCUGUUUUGUCGUGACGCCCCUGUUGAGCCCAAAUACCUACAGCACAGUCAGUACCUGUGCUCCAGUCCCACUGUUCGGACCUUAUCCACCAAUGAUGACCAUCGGACUUGGAACCGACGAAUCUCAUCCAAUCAUGACCCCCGACGCCUCAGUUUUCACAGUCUCCCCUCACGCGCUGCUAGCCUCGUCUGGGUCUAGUAGUUCGUGAGGAACUUCGGGGAGAAAUGCUCCAGGUAUUGCUGCAACCGUCUCAUGACACUGAGGAGGGAGAUCUUUGUUUGCCCCAAUGUCUCACGGCUUGUUUGGUUGGCUUUGGCUGUUUUUGUUUUCGUGGGGAUGCGCACUGAUAUCUACAGUGCCCAUCCUUCAAAGCCUUGAUGCAGUUUUCUCCUCGGUGAACUCUAUGUCAUAAUAUACUGCCGUGAGACUUUUAAUUUGAGCUUCAUUUACUGGGGUACUUCUAUCACAUUUGUACAUUACCAGAAUAUCCAACCCAAUCAUCAAUGGCAUCUCCUGCUAUCCCCGCCGGCAAUGCUCUGAAUUGCUUUCUCAGCGUAGCUUAAGCCGGAUUCUUCACUAGAAAGUGACACAUCUGGCUUAAAGUCCACUCUUAUCAACCCCUCUAGCCCCUCACACCCCUGACUCCAGACCCCAGUUGCGUGCACCUAUCUACUAUGUACAUAUCCCCAAGGCUAAACUCAUUGCAUACUUGAUGGCUUGGGCUUGGUGGUCAGUUCCCCUCUCAUGUCUUGUCUUGCCUUAUCCUGACUUUGGCAAACACCAGAUUUCGUGCUACAGUACGUUGGUACUGUAUGAUGGUAUGCUAGACGCUCGCCAUUUGUUUCUUGGCCCCCUCUUGGCUCCCCCAUUGCCCCCCUAACCAGGUCCUCCACCCUUCUUCUAUGCUUAUCUUAUUUAAAACAUUUGCUCCUCGCCUCAAUUUGCAGGGUCCAAGCUUCAUUCCUGGUAGCACAUUUUAUCUCCAAUACGGUUCCUGACUUGACUAAAACUACAGGGCCUGACUCGACUAAGCUGUCUAACAGCAACACUAUCCAAGCUGCAGAGAUGAGUACAGUUUACCCUCCAUUUCAACCACGCCAUCCUCCCAAUGAUGGCAGCCAGCCCUGCGACCCAAACAUGCAGCUCAUGGCCCAAGAUCCAUCGGGCAUGAAUCUGUACGGCACGCUUCCCCAUAGCGCUUGGGAGCAAUGGUGGUCCCCCGAGAACAAUGCCUUUGCCGAAGCAUUAAAUGUGGCCGCCCCAAAUGCCUGCGCGCAAGAACACCACCAACGACACGCUCAGUACACCUACGAUCAGGACUCAUCGACGCAAUGGGCAUCCCCUUCAACCUCAACGCACACUUAUCCCGUCCCAUCUCUUUCCACAUAUCCUUCCACAGAGUCGACGAGUGUAGAGAAUGCGAUGGGGGACUCCGAAAGCCGUCGAGGCUCUUCAUCAACCCAGCCCGACAAACGAAAACGUAAUGCGAGUCGAUCCACAGCCUCGAAAGCUCCAAAACGCGCGUCAACUCGUAAGACAACCAAAACAGAAGCAGUACCGGGAAAGCCGAAAGGACGCGGCAAAGGGAAGGCAGUUGCCAAGCCGCAACCUACGAUAUCACCGUCCCCUGAUCCGGAGGAAGAACUCGACGAGCACAGCAAAAAGGUUCAGGAGAGAAACCGCAUCGCCUCCAACAAAUUCCGCGUCAAGAAGCGUGAAGACGCCAAGAAGCUUCGAGCCGACGAAAAAGAGAUGGAGAAAACAAACCGCGACUUGUCAAGCUGCGUGUCCGAACUCACGAUGCAGGUCUACGAACUCAAGAUGAGACUAUUACAGCACACGGACUGCGAAUGUCACUUGAUCCAAAACUACAUUGCGAAUGAAGCGCAUCGAUAUAUCCAAGACCUGGGCGAAGGAAAGCAGAACCACGCGACCCCGCCGCUUUGCCCAUACAACCAGCACAAUUGAGAAAGGCAUCUAUAUAUGAUUAUAAUAUACGAGGACGAUGAUUAUGACGAGUCGAUACGAUAAAAGGGUCGGUCGGCAAUCUGAAGGGUUUAUUAAUUAAAAUGCAGCGGAGGAGUCAAUGUGAUUUGCCAGACCCAAAAGAAGAUAUCGAAUACGAUGGGAUGAUAUCUUACACUUCUUGGGUUUCUUUUUCUUUCCUUUUAUUUUACAACCAAUUGUUUUCCUGCGAAUUUUAUGGGAUUGACAUGUUCAAAUGGCAUUAGGAGUUAUCGCAGUAAGAGGCAAAUGGACUUCACUGGCUCCGUUAAAUGGCAAUUGCCGCAUGCAAAUUUAUGCUCUACUGCUUGUAUUACUUGUCACCUUGAAUCGAAUCAUGUCGUGAUAUCUGGCCUGUAUCACCUUAUCCGACCGUAAAACAUGUCAAUACAAAACUGGACAAUGUCAUAGCACGAGAACCGCUCAAAGACCCAACGGUCGCAUGCCUCGCAGUCUCGUCUCUUGUCUGUUCACAAUGUCCCGAACGUUGAACUUUUUUCUCGCCACUCGAAUCCACUGCAGCUUGUUAGGCUAUUGAUGAGCCCAAAGACACUCCAACUGAGAGCGGAAUGGUAGCACAAUCACAGACAUGCAUGCUCUCGUUCCGCCACCAACAAUCUUAUAUACUUUCGCUAACUCUAAGGCCCUGAUCAGUAUCUAAUAUAAUAUGUUAGAAUCCCUAUUUUAAAAGUAAUAUAGUAUAGAUCCUGUUAGAUUAGUUAAUCUAGUUAGGCUUAUUACUAACUAAUCUACAAAAUCCUUUCCUAAGGAGCUAAUAUUAGCCUUAUAAUAAUUUAACUACC